AAAACAUGUUUAUUAGGUCUCAUUUUUUAUGACUAACAUUUUAUUUUGUAAUUUUGUACUUUUGCAGUAUUAAUUAGAUGAUUAGGUGAUAUUAUUACCAAAAAUAUUAGAAAAAGGAUUAAUGAUAUUUAAAAUUACUAAAUUCAAAACAAUUUCUUAUCAUUUCAUCCAGUAUUAUUUAAAUAAAAUACUAUGUUAUACAUCUAGGAAAUAUAGAGAUUUAUAGAUUUAAUUUUGAGUUGAUUAUACUGAUACGCAAUAAGCUAUUUUAUUUCUUGACAAUGGAUAAUAAUAGCAGUGUCACUGCUGGAAACUCAGUAGUAUUUUUGGAUAUUGAAAUUGCCCAAGAAAAAAUUGGACGUAUUGUCAUUGAAUUGUUUAAUAAUGUAGUACCUAAGACUGCUGAAAAUUUUAGAGCUCUUUGUACUGGUGAAAGAGGUAAUGGUUUAUCAGGAAAGCCACUGCAUUUGAAAGGGUCAUUAUUCCAUCGAGCUGUUCCAGAAUUUAUGAUCCAGGGUGGUGACAUUACUGCUGGUAAUGGAUCUGGCGGUGAAAGUAUAUAUGGUUUGUUUUUUGAGGAUGAAAACUUUAAAUUGCUGCAUGAAGAACCUGGAGUCUUAAGUAUGGCAAAUACAGGCCAUAAAAAUACUAAUAACUCCCAGUUUUUCAUCACAACUGCUCCGUGUUCACAUUUGGAUGGUAAGAAUGUUGUUUUUGGAAAAGUGAUAAAAGGAUUUUGUGUAGUUCAAACAAUUUCUACCACUACUACUAAUAAUGAUAUCCCUAUUAAUCCUUGUAUAAUCACAGAUUGUGGUGAGCUAUCAAGUGAUAGUAAUACUUGGAAUAUUAAUGAAAAUGAUGCAACCAGUGAUGUUUUUCCUCCUUUCCCCGAAGAUUGGAGUGUUCAGCCAGUUGAUCUUGAUGUAAUACAAAUCUGUGAUGUUCUAAAUAAAAUCAAAGAAUCAGGAAACCAAUUUUUUAGCUGCAAAAAUUAUUCAUGUGCUAGACGAAAAUAUGACAAAGUGUUACGAUAUUUUGAAUGGUAUAAAAGUUAUCAUAAAAAUUCUAAAAUGGAUUUUAAAACGCUGGAAACUAUACAAACAAGUACAUUGUUAAAUUUGUCCACUGUUCACUUGAAAGAAAAAAAUUACAAAAUUGCAAUUGAAUUAUCAGAACAAGUUUUAAACAUAGAUUGUAAUAAUGGAAAGGCUCUUUUUCGCCUUGGUAAGGCAUUUGGUUCACUCAAUAAUCAUGAAAAAGCAAUAAAAUAUUACAAACAAGCUUUAGACAUUUUUCCAGAUGAAAAAAAUAUUUUAACAGAGUUAAAAAGAGUAAAACAAGCUCAAAAGCAAUAUUUAGUAAUGGAAAAAAAACUUUACUCAAAAAUGUUUUCAUCUUAGGAAAAUAGAUUUUAGAAAAUAAUAUAUUAUAAUCAUACUUUUAAGGAAAUUACUCUUUAUUGUUGAUGAAGUAAAGGUGGUUUAAUUUUUGAUAAAUUAUAAAUAUUAUUAUUUUGAUAUCAAAUAAUGUUAACUUUUUUGUAAUUUAAAAAUAGUAGUUUUUGUAUUAUUGUUAUAAUUUAUGUUUACUAUAAAAUAUUAUUGCCUAACAAACAUAAAAUCCUUGAUAAUUGAGAUAUAAUUUUAAAAUAUAUACUAUUACUUGCACACAUACAAAUAAAUUAAUAUUUACUAUUUUAUUAAGAAGUUUGUACAAUUGAGAUAUUAUUUUAUUUUAUAUCUUUAUAUGUGAAAGAAAAUGAGUUUAUAAAAAAAAGAAAGUGCAAUGUUCAAUUUUUAAUACAUGAUCAACAUUUAUAUAUCUUUCAAGUUUUCUUCAAACAUAGUAAAUUUGUACAUUCUUAGUUUUUUACUUCUUUUUUAUAGCAUCAGUUUUUAAGACCAUACUGAUAAAUAUACCACCUUUAAUCUUUCUAUAUCCAUUGUCAAAUUUCACCAAUUAAAUCUUGGCUUUAUUUGUUUAUUCUAUUUUCAUUUCAUUUUCCCAUCUUAAACGCAGAUAUCCUAAAUGUAUUGUUUAUUCUAAUAUACAUUCCUGCACCAUAUGUACUUAGGCGGAUGCUAUCCUCUAAUUGAGAUUCAUCAAAGUUGUCUUAUUUUAAUUUCCUCUACAAUGCUGGACUUUGAUAUAACGGUUUGAGUUCCUCAUUAUUUUGAUCUUACCGUUCAUCUUAAUUUCUGUGUACGGUAUAAUUGACCAUAUUAAUUUAAGCGGCUUCAUCGAUAGAUUGAACCGUAUAUUUAUGAUAUUUUUCUUAAAUCAAUAAAUAACAAAUGUAUUUUUUUCCAUAUUAUAAUUUUUUUUUUAUCUGAAUGUAAAUUUGGUAAAUACAGUAAAUGAAAUGAAAAAAUUUGUUUUGACAUUUGGCAGGUAGUAAGAUAUCUCUUUAAUUAUUGCAUAUUAUUUUGUCAUACUUCUUGUACAUGGCAUAUAUAAUUGUUGUCCUCUAUUUUUUACAAUCGACUACUUUAGCCAAUUAUUUUUGAUUAUUAGGUGAACCUGUUAAGUCACCUAUCUAUUUUUUUUUCAAUAGAUACUUAUUCUCUCAGGAUGCUUUAUGUUUAUGGGAAUUUUUAUUUGCACCAGUAUGUCUUCUAUCAUGGGUACUGGAGAAUAAGUUGUAAUGUUAAAUUCUUGAUUGUUAUGAAUAUUCAGUUUCUUUACUAUUCAAAAGUUUAUAGAAAUAUAUCAAUGCAUUAUCAGCGUAAAAACAAAUAAAUAACAUGAUAUAAAAUUAAAAUUAUUUUAAUUGAUUAAAUUAAUAACAACCAAAAAUAUACAAACAAUUUUAAAUAAUGUAAUGUACAAUAACUAUUACCUACAUUUCUAUUUUUUGUUGUCAGUUAAAAUACUAAAUUAUUUAAUAUUUGUAUAUCAUUGGUAUUUUUUUUUAUAUUCCGUUCAAGACUGAAUUUUAUUAUUAAGAUAUUAAGUUAUAUAUACAUAUUAUAAACAUGUAUUAUUUAAAUUUAUACAAUUUUUAAAUAAUUAUUAUUUGUUAUGUAGUAUAAGCUUUUUUUUUUUUUAUAUAUAAAUCAUAGUUAAGCAGAUUCUCAAUAUUUAAUGGACGAUUGUUAUUAUUUAUAUUAUUUAAUGCAACUUAAAUCAUUAAAAUAAUGUAUUGUGAAAUUUUUUUUAAACUCAUAAUAUGAGCUGGCAUUAAAACAAAUUUAUAGUUUCUAGUUCCUAAAAUUUACUAGUUUUGCUCAACACAAAAUAUUCGAAUAAAUAUUUCAAAUUUGUGUAGUUACUCUUAGAUAGGUAUCAGUUAAUUUAAUUUUUAAUGUUUAUUAUUAAUAAAAAUGUACUUGUUUGUCUUUUAUACUCGUAUUUUUAAGUUCAGCUUUUAUAAAAUCUUAAAAAAUUAAUACUAAAUAGUAUGCACUUUUUAAAUAUUUUGCCCUUUAAUUUUUUAGAAAACAUUAUUAAUACAAUGACUAAUAAAUAGAUAAGUAUAUUUUAAAUAUUAUCUAAAAGGUUGGACAUCUGGACUUAGUGGUUAGGUAAUAUCAUUGAUUAUACAGUAAAAUUGAUUAGUGGUGUCUAUGUUUUGGUUGAAAACUUGAAAAUAUUGCAACUAUAGUAGUAAAGAUAACUCAACAAUAUGCAUAAUAAAUUGGAAGGCAAUUUGAAAAGUUGACAAGUUUUUCAGUAAACCAUAUGAUUCCCAGUUACUUUAAAUCUAUGAAACUAGUAAAAAAGUCAUCUAAAAGCUUGGACAUUUGAUGAUAUUAAAGAAAAAGUUAUUUAUAUUCCCUUGAAUAAUAUAAAAUCAUGUGUUAUAUUUUUAUUACAUAACUAAUGUAUAUUUAAUAAAUUUCAAUAAAAACAAUUUUUAAUUGUUAAA